AUGAAUGUUGGGCAAUUAAAAAUGAAGACCAUCGAGUUCAGGAUUCCCAUGCCCAUGUCAGUAGAGGACUAUUGUCGUUGCCAAAUUUAUGCUGUUAUUAAAGGAAGCAAAAAUGAAGUAGAUAAAGGCAGUGGUCUUCAUAUUGUCAAAAAUGAGCCAUUUUUCGAUGGAAACUCGGAGGGCCGGCUGACCCAGAAGGAUUUAUAUCUGGCAAAGGUGUUACCUGGUUGGUUGCAGUCCAUGAUGGACCCAAAAUUUACUAUUUUGACAGAAAUGUCUUACAAUUGCUAUCCCCUUACCAAAACAAAUUAUUCCAAUCUGGCUCUAUCGAGCUUGGUCUUUUCCAUCGAGUCAAACCAUUUACCCGGGGUGGUAAAUGAUGAUAAUCCAUUGAAUCUACCCGAAGAAAUACUCAAUUCCAGGAAGGUCGUGAACAUCGAUAUCGCAGUAGACGGAAAGAUCCCUGACGAUGAAAACAUAACUACAAUCCGUUUAAAAACGAGUGAUCUCCUCCCGAUUCCAAAGGAUUGGCUCAGAAGAUUCACUGAAGGCGAAGAACUCCCCUUCAAAGUGAUGACAUGCGUCAAGCUUGUGACUGUUAGUGUCCCAUAUUUUGGAUUGUUAGGUUCGAAGGUCGAGAAUUUUAUUAUGAAUACUCUAAAGGAUCAAUUUAUAAUUUAUCAUCGAAGGGUGGUGAUCUGGCUCGAUGAAUGGAAGGAUUUAACUAUGGAAGAGCUUAGAAAUAUGGAGUAUGAAAUUUUCGACAAGAUUAAUGAACAAUUCAAUAAAACAUAUGGGAAACACUUUGCCAAGGAUACAACCACGUUGGAUACCAUAGAUGAUACGAUAUCAGAAGCGGAUGAUGAUAACACUGAUAACAAAUUGAACCAAAAAAAGUCCCAGGAUUCCCUUUUCCCCGACUCAAAAUCAACCGGGACUUACACAGGCUAUUUGUUCAAGUUAGGUGGCACAUUUUUUAAUGCCUCCUGGAACAUGCGAUACAUAGUACUAUGUAAAAAUAUGUUAUAUUAUUAUGACGGGAAGGAUGACAAUAAGCCAAAGGACACUCUAAAUUUGACAGGAUCUAAGAUCCAGUGGCUAGGAGAAUACUAUGGGAGGAGCUUUGCCUUUGCCAUAUAUCCUAUUGUUCACAGCCCAAUAUAUCUAAGCGCUGAUACCGAGGAGAGUGCAAAAAAGUGGAUUUUGAUACUACAAUUAAGGUCUGAGGAAAAAGUGGAGGUGGAAGAAGUAACGCCAGUGGAACGAAAAAUGGUCACAUUGCCUGAAAUUGGGGAAAAUAAGGAUUAUUCCACUUUUACAAUGAAUGAAAAGGGCAUGACUUUAUUGUCCCCUUUCCACAGGGCGGUUAUUAGACUCAUCAAUGUGGAGAAAGUUAAACCGUCAUUUCAGGGUAUUGUGUCGUCUGGGUUAAAUUGGUAUGAUCAUUUAUUAUGGUUCCUAUUUAUAAACUUUGUUAAAUAUAUCCCCCUUGUAUCUAAGUACUUCCAGUAUCGAUACUCUGUUAUUCUACUUAUUUGGCCCAGGUUGUUUCUCUACUACCUAAUAAUAACUUCUUUGUGCAAUUUAUCGCAUCUGUGUAGGAAAUUUGUCAAAGGCAUUUUACCCCCUUUCAACAACACACCCAAUUUCAACAUCUUCACGGCAGCUAAUGAUUAUAGCAUUUCUAUGGGGAACACUAGCGAAACGUUUGAGACGCUGGAGAAGGUUUUCAUGGACAAAACUUUUAAUCACAUUUCAAGGGUUAAUUUGGUUAAAUUGUUGCUUAAAGAUAAAUUAUACAGUAUAAUACGAAAAUAUGCACCACUUCCACUUGCUUUCAAAACAAUAUCCCAUGCAAUUAAGUUGGAUUCAAGGACUUUGAUUGUAACUACUCAAAUGGAUACUGGCGAUUUCAAAUCAUUUACCAAGGAGGAUGUAGAAGAAUUCUUUUGUUUGAGCAAAUCAUCCCAAAUUGAUGUGAGUGAAUUGGAAUUCAGCGCCAAGAGGUUGGAUUUUGACGAGCUAAUUAGAAACGCCAAAAGUGCUGCAAUUGACACUUCAGUGUUUUUAACGGAAAAUAUUUCAUCUGGAUAUGAAUUGAUACUAAUCCGUGCUACAAAAAAUGGCUGUAGAAUCGCUUUAUAUUCGGAUUUCCAACCUACUAGUUUCCCUGAGUCGAUAUUUUCCAAGCAAUUCUUAGCUCACCGUGUGACUCCAAGUUCACAGUUUGUCUGA